GAGGCGACAGACCCAUCACAUCGAUGGGCCGACCGAUUCCCUCCGCGAAGCUUCGUGCGUCCGCCCGGCACGGAGGAAUCAUCGACCUUUGAUCCGGCGCGAUUCGGAGCGAAGAAGGAGGAGGAACGGAACGGAACGGCCCCCCGCUUUCUCCGGCUUCGUUCCCCCGUUCGCGGCGGAGCGGAGCAGGCAGUGAGGAAGUAUGCAGAGGCUGCGGAGAGGGACGUCCCUCUUCGGCAGCUUGGCAGCGCCGCAACUGAAGAAGAAAGCCCUCAAGUCGUGGGCCGCGGUUCAGGACACGUUUUUCUCCACCAAGGAUACUUUCGAGAGGCACAGGGUGGUGUUCACCGUUGGAACUUCGAUAGCCUCGGUGGCGACGGCAUGGGCAGGUUAUUCUAUACGCCACUAUCAUGAAACAAAAGUUGAUCAAAGGCUUGAAACAAUAGAAAGAGCUAUGAAGAAUAAUUAUCACUUUGAACAUGAGGAGAUUAAGAAGAUUGUUGGUCGAGAAAGUUCCAGUACUGCGGCUUGUAUUGCCACCGCUGGUACCACUUUGGUGAUUGGCUAUGCCUUGGGUUGGCGAGGUGGAAGAUGGUAUGCAAAUAGGAAGUUUAGAAGGGAGCAGAUGAAAUUGUUGGGGCAGAUAAAGCCAAGGAGGUGGGAAUUGCUGGGCCGGAUAAAGCCGAAAGGUUUGAAACUACAAUUCCUGAGAAGAUUAUUGACCAGGACCCGGGCGGCCGAGACCACGACUAAGGCAUCCGAGAAUUUACUAGAGGAUGCUGCUGCUGCGCGCAAUAUUGGAGAGUCCACUCGCACUUGUUCACAGUUAUAGAGCUCGGCAGCUAACCUGUCACCAAUUCUACUGAUCCGAGCAAUUGAUAUCAGAUUCGAUGUUCUUAUUGAUCUCAGAAGAGGGUUCACUUUCGACUUUCUUCUCUUUUCCUGGAGAUAGGUUGGCUGCAACUAUAUAUUGUGCAUAUGAGAUAUGUCAUUUAUACAAAGGAAAGAUCCUUAGGAUGGUGUCAUGACUCGUGAGUCCUUAAUUCUUGAUAGAGCGCCUUUUGCAAAUUGCAUAAAGGGAUUGUUGCUUUCAGGCCUUAUUCGGUACGUGGGGAGUCUUAGGAAGGGAAUGACGAGGGAAUAGGAAUGACAAUGGAAUGAAAUGCCCUCAUUUCCGGGACUUUUAUUCCCCUGUCAAAAUAAGAAAAAACAAUAUGUAAUUCUAUAUAUAGAUUUUCGUUUAUUCGUUUUAUUAAA